CGCAUCCCCCUGCUGCUCAAGAACGCCGUAUCGCAGGGUCAUCGUACAGAUUUCCUUGCUUUAAGCCGUUACCGAUCCGUUUUACAGCUCCUAGAGCGCACCAACGCCUCUGAGGCUCGUGGCGUUCUACCGCUCGCGGCACCGUCCUUUCCCCGUCCUGGGCCCCCGGGCGUGUAGGAGCAAUGUCAGCGAACGAUCCACCAAACACAGAAGGCACGCAAUCCUCAAACCCUCAACAGACGGACCCCGUGCUAGACUGGGAAGGGGACAAGAUGUUCAACAUCUACAUCCACGACUACUGCGAGAAACGCGGCUAUAUGAAAACAGCUGACGCGCUCAGGGAAGAAGCUGGAGUCGAGAAAGACGGCGGUCCUCCAAUUAACGCGAGACAGGGUCUUCUCUUCGAAUGGUGGAGUGUAUUCUGGGUCCUCUUUGGUGCGAAAAGUAGCGGACAAGGGACAGAUGAUGCACUUCUCUACACCCAGUAUCAAACGCAAAUGGCUGCCCAGCGACAGAACGAGCAGCAACAACAGGGCUCGCGCCCACCCCCUCAAGCACGCCCUCCUGGGCAGCCGCCGAUGUCCCAGCGACCGGUGAAUGGAAUCCCAAGACCUCCCGGCCCAGGUGCUUCCGCCAUGCUCAACGGUGUUCCUCCGGCGAACGCUAUGCCGGGGCAGCCGCCCCAGAUGGCAAACGGCAUUCCGAACGCUUAUCCGGGUGCAAUUCCACCGCCCAACGGUGUCUCUGGUCCUGGUGCGUUGCCGCCAAACGGCCAACCUACCGGUGCCCCAGCGCACCAGCCGAUGGUUCCAGGCCAGCGUCCGCCUAUGGCAUCGCAACGCCCACCAAAUGGCCAGCCGUUCAGAUCACCAACCAUGGCUCCGUCGCCGCAGAAUCCAGGUAUGCCACAACCUGGUCAGCAGCCGAACCCGAUGUCAGGACCCUCGGGGCCGCAGCCUAUGAACCGCGGUCCUGCUCCCAUGGGGCCGCCUAAUGGGCAGCCAAACAUGCACGGCGGCCCGAUGGCAGGUGGGCCGCAGAUGGCCCUGCCUCACUUCCCGCAGCAUGGGACGCCGAGCCAGCCCAACUCCCCUGCUGCCGCGCAAGGCAUAACCGCGCAGAGUCCUUUACUCGCAAAUCGUCAGAUAAGGCCGCAAGAUCCGAUGCGCCAGCUGCAGGAGACAACCAUUAACCAGGACUUAUUAAAGAUCGAGUCUGCGAGGCUGCCUGAAUUGAAGCACGAAGCUGGUUUAGCAAAUAAGGAUUUGCCGUCGUUGACGAUGGACGACAAGCAACGAAUAGUCGGUCUGGCUAGGGCUCGUGGACUAUUGCCAAAAGUUUCAGGUCCGGUUCCGCCUAACGCCAUUCCUGGUCCCUCCAAUCCGCAACCUCAAAUGCAACCAAACCAACGCGGGCCAAUCGCUCAAUCGCCGUUGACAGCACAUGGUCAAAUUAAUCGGGCCAUGAAGCGAAACAGUACUUCUCCCGACGAGAACGGAGAGCAGUCGCAGUCCAACGAUUCUUCGCCGCCAGCGAAUAAACGUUUGCGGAAGUCACCGGAUCAGCCGCCAAUGAUGCCGAUGGGUGGGAUGCCCGGACAACCUCCGCACGGACCGCCCAGCGGAACGAUGCCUCGGCACGGUAUGGUUCCGUUCGCGGGCAUGCCUAACAACCAGCCUGCGAUGAACAUGCCAGGAGGCCAUACGGGGACGCCACAUAUGGGGAACGCUAUGCUCGGGCAUCAACCCCACAUGAUGACGCCACAGAUGGCACAGCACUCUCCGCAGUAUCGGCAAACGAUGCACGCGCUGCACAAGAACAAUAUUAACAAUAUUCCUCAAGGCCCAUUUAACCUCGCUCCCAGCGCGAAUGCGUCAUCACCCGCGACAUCUGCCGAGUCGCCGUAUAAUAACAAUCCUGAUCAGCAGCAGCAGCCGCGGCCGGGUGCAAAUCAAUAUGUCAUGCCGGGCAUUCCGCCAAACAGGCAGCCGGUGCCAGGACAGAAACAUAUGAUGAUGCCGCCCUCGCCGGGUAUUGCGGGCAAGAAUGUGGGAGGUGCACCGCAGGGUCCUGGUGGCCCAGGAGACAAACCUGGCGAUGGUAAUGGAAUGAAUCGGUCGCCUCGCAAUGCCGCACCGGCACCAGGGCAACAGGGUCAACCAGGGCAUCCAGGGCAGCAACCGGGUCAGUCAGGUCAGCUAGGUCAGCCAGGUGGACCUCCAGGGCAGCAGCCACCGCAACAGCCAGGACCUGGCCCGAUGAACCCGCCUGCGGGUGCGAACACGGCGCCGCAGACACCGAGCGGUGGCAACGCGCCUGGUCCGAACAUGCUCAACGCGAAUGCGGCGCCUGCAGGCCCGGGCCCGCAAUCCGCGCCGCCACAGAUGCAAGCGACGCCGGACAUGUUCGGCGCGGAUCUGAUGAGCGCGAAUUUCGAGUUCGGCGGGUUGGACACCACCAUGUUUGGCCAGAACGACCUCGGUAGCAUGGACUUUGCCUCGGACUUCAGCGAAUGGUUCAACGACCCGUCGAUCAUCAGCGCCGACAAGAUGUGAGCCGCGAUCAUGGCCUCCGGGCGGGCUGUCCCUGGUUUCUGUGCGUCCGCGGACGUGAGGCACGUGUGUGCUAUUGCUGCUGUGCUGUAGGAUUUAAUUUGGAUCCGGACAUGGGUUAUUUGUGGCUGGAAUAUGCUGCUUCUGUUCGUCGCUCUCCACAUCUUACCGCUCGCGAUAUCGACAUCCCCCCGCUUCACCUCCGUUCCCACACCCACACGCCCCCUGUUGUAAUCCCUUGGUUGAUAGGUAUUUAUCGCAAAAUCCUGCUUGCCUGCCUGCCGGGGCGUCGCCUCCGUUUUAUUGCCCCUUUGCUCCUCACCGGCCUCGCUUCCCGUCUACAAUGUAGAUAUCUCUCUUUUUCUUUCUCUCUCCCCUUAUACUUGCUACAUAGUUGCUGCUGUUUUGCUGCUGUCUCUCUGCCCUUUCUGUUACCGUACAUGUUCUCAUUUGUGGUCAUCUGACGAGUGUCUCUUCUAGUGUAUUUCUGGAUGGAAUAUUU